UAAAACGCAAACUUGCACGCAAGCUCUUCCUCGUCCUUCUUCUCGCAGAUUUCGGAAACUUCAGUAAGAUUAGAUAUCGUCAAAAUCCAGAGAAGCAAGUCGGAAAAGGAAAAUGUCAGUGGUUUUAGUCUCUUCUGCUUCAGCGACACUAACGAAAUCCAAAUCCAUAAAGAUUCCCUUUUUAUCUCCCACCACCAACUCCACGAAAUUCCCCUUCAGGGUCUCGAUUUAUCCUCAAAGACCGAAACUUCUCGACAACCCUCUUCGCGUGGCGGCGCCGCCUUCUACGCCUACUUCAGAUCCGGCGGAGGAGAGGCGGUUCGAAGAAGAUAUCGGCGGAGAGAAGGAAGAGGAAGGGUCUGAGUUUAAGUGGAGAGAUCACUGGUACCCGGUUUCUCUGGUUGAAGAUUUGGAUCCGAAUGUACCGACCCGGUUCCAGCUUCUGGGUCGAGACCUCGUCCUCUGGUUUGAUCGGAAUGAUCAGAAAUGGGCCGCCUUUGAUGACCUCUGCCCUCAUCGGCUCGCUCCUCUAUCUGAAGGAAGAUUGGAUGAGAAUGGACACUUGCAAUGUUCGUAUCAUGGAUGGUCCUUCUCAGGGUGUGGAUCUUGCACUAGGAUUCCACAGGCUUCUACUUCAGGACCUGAAGCUCGCGCGGUUAAAUCCCCUAGAGCUUGCGCUAUUAAGUUCCCAACAAUGGUGUCUCAAGGUCUUCUCUUUGUGUGGCCUGAUGAAAAUGGCUGGGACAGAGCCAAUUCAAUUGACCCUCCUAGGUUACCGGAUGAUUUUGACAAACCAGAAUUUUCAACAGUGACAAUUCAAAGAGAUCUUUUCUAUGGAUAUGAUACUCUCAUGGAAAACGUAUCUGAUCCUUCACAUAUCGAUUUUGCUCAUCAUAAGGUUACAGGAAGAAGAGACAGAGCAAAACCAUUGCCGUUUAAGGUGGAGUCAAGUGGGCCUUGGGGUUUCCAAGGUGCAAAUGACGACAAUCCAAGGAUCACUGCGAAAUUCGUUGCUCCUUGCUAUUCUCUGAACAAAAUUGAGAUAGAUGCAAAGUUACCUAUCUUUGGUAAUCAAAAAUGGGUUAUUUGGAUUUGCUCAUUCAAUAUACCAAUGGCUCCGGGAAAGACCCGUUCCAUCGUUUGCAGCGCUCGUAACUUCUUCCAGUUCUCUGUACCAGGACCCGCUUGGUGGCAGGUUGUACCGAGAUGGUAUGAACACUGGACCUCAAACUUAGUCUAUGACGGUGACAUGAUCGUACUUCAGGGACAAGAGAAAGUGUUCCUCUCUAAAUCAAUGGAUUCACCGGAUUAUGAUGUGAACAAAGAGUACACAAAGCUCACAUUCACUCCAACACAAGCAGACCGGUUCGUUCUUGCGUUCAGGAACUGGCUCAGACGGCAUGGGAAGAGUCAGCCUGAUUGGUUUGGCUCCACUGCAGCUAACCAACCUCUUCCUUCCACUGUCUUAACCAAGCGCGAGAUGCUGGAUAGAUUUGAGCAGCAUACACAAGUGUGUUCCUCAUGCAAAGGAGCAUACAAAGGUUUCCAAACCCUCAAGAAGUUUCUUGUUGGCACGACGGUUUUCUUCGCCGCCACAGCCGGUGUUCCUUCGGAUGUUCAGAUUCGGUUGGUUCUGGCUGGUUUAGCACUGAUCUCAGCUGCUUCUGCUUAUGCUUUACAUGAAAAAGAGAAUAACUUUGUGUUCAGAGAUUACGUUCACUCUGAAAUUGAAUAGAUAGAUAUGUUGUAUAUGUACACAAUCAUCUUACAACCUUGUAAAUCAAAAUCAGAGAAAUUGAUAGCAAUUUUACAGUA